UUGGGGUAUGUGGUCAGCUGGCUGACAGCCAGGUAUGAUGCAGGCGGUCACGCCCUCGUCCUUUACAGACUCCUGCCGUUGGAGUUUGGAGACACUUUGAGGAAAGACUCUGUGAGGAUGGAGCUGUUUUCAUGUGGAGUCCUGCUGUUGGCCUUAACGCUUACAGGAAGCAACGCACAGCUCGAUGUUUGUGGACAAGCUCCACUUAACACCAGGAUCGUAGGAGGCCAGGAUGCUCCUGCGGGAGCGUGGCCCUGGCAGGUCAGUCUGCAAACGUCCGGUUCGCACUUCUGUGGAGGCUCCCUGAUCAACAAUGAAUGGAUCCUGACUGCUGCCCACUGUUUCGGCAGCAUCACCAGCCCAUCAAAAUUGACCGUUUACCUUGGAUACGAGACGCUGCAAGGCACUAAUACUAAUGGGGUCUCCCGGUCAGUGUCACAGAUAAUCACACAUCCUAACUAUAACUCCAACACUGAAAACAACGACAUCGCGCUGCUGCAGCUGUCCUCAACUGUUGAGUUCACCAACUACAUCAGACCUGUGUGUCUGGCGGAGGCGGGCAGCGACUUCCCUGCUGGGACGACCACCUGGGUCACCGGCUGGGGCAACAUCCGAGACGGCGUUUCCCUUUCUUUCCCUGGGACUCUACAGGAGGUGAGCGUCCCUGUCGUGUCCAACACCAACUGUAACAAUGCCUACGGUAUAAUCACAAGCAACAUGAUCUGUGCCGGCGUGACUCAGGGAGGAAAGGACUCCUGUCAGGGCGACUCUGGAGGCCCACUGGUGGCUAAAAACAGCUCCGUUUGGGUCCAGGCUGGAGUAGUGAGCUUUGGGAAAGGCUGCGCUCAGCCCAAUUUCCCAGGAGUCUACACUCGGGUAUCACAGUACCAGUCCUGGAUCAGCAGCCACAUCACCACCAACCAGCCAGGUUACAUCAACUUUGGAACCUCCUCCUCCUCUGGAGGCACUUCAUCUAGUUCAGCCACAACAACGGCUCACUUCCUCUUGUUCUCAGUUCCUCUGCUGCUCUCCGUCCUCCCCAUCCUCUUCUCUCUCUUUGUCCUUUCAUAGGAAUGCACCAGUUCUACUUAAUCACUGGAAAACUGUAUUGUAAUGAUCAGUUUGUCUUAAAAAAAAAAAAAAAAAGUCCCCUGAAGGCUCGACUGUUCACGCUUGUUUCCAGUUCACUUUGCUGGUUUAUUAACUGGAAUCUUGGGAAUGUUUGGCUUUAUUUUUGUUUGUCAAAUCAUAAAAACACAUUAAAUUACAAAAAGAACUGAUUGAUUACUUCCAUUAGAAACAAUGCUUAACUGCACAAUAAUGACCUUUAAACUUUUUAGUAUCACUUUUUUAGUGUCACUAUUUAGUAACAGGGCAUAUUUAUAAAAACUAAAAUAUUGUACUUUAAUAGAGCCUGGGCAAACAUUCUGUUUUUAAAUGAUUUCAAAGAACAAUUUAAAAAUGCUUUAGCAGAAUUAUUUUAUAUUUGAUUAAUGUUUUCAUUGAAUUAAAACUGUUUCGUCCAUCAGUUUAUAUUUUUAUAUUAAAUGGCAAUUAAUAAUUUAAUUAAAAAAAAACACAGUAUGAUAGAACACGUCAAAAGGAAUAAAUGAGCAAUACUGUAUCAUAACUACAACUGUUAUCUUCAAUAUGUUUGGCUAAAACACUGGUAUAAAAAAGUUCUAUCAAGAUUAAGAUUUUUACAAUUUAAAAACAGAAUAUAUAAAAUAUAAAUUCAUAAAAUCAUUUUAACAUUUUAAAAUGCACAAUUUUCUGAUUGUUCUAUUCUUUGAUUUUUAGAAUGUAAUAUUUAAAAUCAACCAAUGAUUAUAUUUAUCUGAACACUUUGAAAUUAUUUGAUUCAGUUUCAUGUUAUUUAGCUGUUGCUGGAUCAAACACGUACCAUCUCAGGGCACGUUCGGGUCAAAGCAGAGAGGAACACUCGGCGGGGAGGAAAAACUCCUUUUUAAAUAUGAAGGAAUCUCAGGCGGAACCAGACUGAUCUCAGACCUGCACAAACACAAAUCUGUCUUUGUACCAUCGUGAUGAUGAAACUAAAGCCAUUUUAGUGACUUUAUUAUCUCUUUUUUCACAAAUGAACUUUUAAUGUUUUAAAAUGUUUGAACCAAGUGCCAGUAACUGUGAUCUGCUGUUUAAGUCUAAUAAACAGGAGGAAUAUUUACAAUACUACCUUAUAUAUUAUUAUAAUAUUACAGGCCGACUGUGGCGUAACCUGGUCUGAAGCUGCUGUUCAGCUUUGAAAGUUUUAGAGUAGCUUUAUGCAUAAAUGUAUUUGCCUACAGUUUGUGGAAUUGCUCCACUUAACACCAGGAUCGUAGGAGGCCAGAAUAUUUACAAUAAUAUUUACAAUUAUUAACUUUUGUGUAGCUUAUUAAAAUAAUCUGGGAUAUUUGUGUGGACUGUGUUUAAACCUGCUGCUGUUUGUUUGGUAUGUUAGUGAAAAACUGUCUGGUUUUAUAUCUGUGCUCUUCUAUUCAGUUAAAUAAAACAUAUUUUCCUAA